UUCUUCCUCUGGGAUCGGCGGAUAACACCACAUCGCGUAUCAAUUAGCGCGGACCAAAGCCGCAGUUCGCGCCACGCCACGGCGGCCCUUUCACCAGCCCGCCUACGACAAAAUCGCAACCUACCUUCACCACCAACAUCCAACAUCCAACCACCCCCCCCAACGAUCCAACAUCCUCCAGCUUCACCCCCUCAUUUAGAAACGCACACACACACCAGCUCUCACCACAACCUCACCAUGUCCGGCUCCGACGAGAACGGCUCCCCCGGCAGCGCGCCCAGCAAGCCCGAAGAGGCGCAGCAGACAGAGCACCUCAACAUCAAAGUGACCGAUAACAACAACGAGGUCUUCUUCAAGAUCAAGCGUACGACGCAGCUCAAGAAGCUGAUGGAUGCCUUCUGCGAGAGGCAGGGCAAGGCGCCUAGUUCGGUUAGGUUCUUGUUUGACGGGAGUCGCGUGCAGGCUACGGAUUCGCCUGAUACUCUCGACAUGCAAGACGGCGACACCCUCGAGGUGCACCAAGAGCAGAUCGGCGGGUCUGCCUAAACCCCCUCCUUGCACAUGCAACCCCCAAAAAAAAGGCAGUCGCGGGGUCACGAAACGAAACAGACAAAAACGAAAUUGACAUUUUAUUUUGCGAGAUGAGAUGAGGAUUUGGACUGAGCCAUGCAGUGUCCGUCGAGACGAGACUUUGAGCUUGUUGACGAGACGACGAUGGAGGGGUUUAUUUGGUAUUAUGGUGGGAUGGGAUGGGAUUCGCUCUCUUUCUGGGGCGGAUUCAUGGCGUUUCUUCUUGUGAUCUUCGAUCUUUGAUAUUGAGCGGUGGGUGGUGGGCGGUGGGUGGAUGAGAUAAGAGAGAUCUAUGUGCUUGCUUCUGGCUUGGGAAUAUAGAUCUCUCCGAUCCGCCUUGUUUCUGCUUGGCUAGAUUAGAGGGGUGCUUGCGAAUACAGGGUUUUCUGAUCUGA